GUAUGAAUUCGGUGAUUUAACUGAACCUGCCCCUGGCUCCACCCUCCGCUAGUCAGCCAGUCUACUACGUGUUAGACUGUAGCCUUUAACUUACAUGGAGAGAGAAGAGGAGAAAAAAAUAGCCUACUUUAACAGGCUGUGUCUGGAGGAAUAGCCUACUUCAGCUACACAGUCGCAAAUUCAUCAAACUCUAACCGGCAGUUUCCUCUGCGUUUUCCGACUUUGAUGAAGUUCUGCAUGGAAACAAAUGAUAUUUGAACCCGCGGACCGGAGCGGACAGUGGAGUUUCAGAGAGCUCUUAAAGGCUUAAUCCGGGAGCAGAGGGAAGUUCUUGGGCAACAAAGACCUGGACACAGAAACAAAAAAGACACAAGCAUUAUUAGUUAAAGUAUGGCAUUAAAGGCCAGAGUCUUGUAUGACUUCCACUCUGAAAACCCAGGGGAGAUCUCCAUAACAGAGAAUGAGCUGGUGACUCUGUUCAAUGAGGAGGAGCUGGAGGGCUGGCUUGAGGGGGAGAACAGCAGGGGGGAGGCUGGCCUCUUCCCUGCAUCUUAUGUGGAGAUCAUCAGGGAGCACAUCACCUCCAACACCAACAACAAUGGCUUGUCCUCGCCCAAAAUCAAAGUCCAGACACCCACCCACACUUCCUACACUUCCCCAGACUCCCAGUCUCAGAGAGGACUCGGGGCCGGUAGUGGUGGCAGUGGCGGGGGCAGCUUCCGCACCAGCCAGGGCAGUGACGACGACUGGGACGACGACUGGGACGACAGCUCUACUGCUACCGAUGCGCCUCAGGGUUUCGGCAGCACGCCGCCCUUGUACCCGGUGACGUCCUCCUUGCCCGGGCGACGUUCCAGCACCCAGCAGCAUCAGCAGCAGGCCAAGAGCUCAGCAACAGUGGGGAGGAACCUCAACAGGUUCUCCACCUUUGUCAAGUCCGGAGGGGAGGCCUUCCUGCUUGGGGAGGCCUCUGCUUUUGUGAAGGACGGGGAUAGGAUCUGCGUGGUGAUGGGGAAGCAUGGGCCGGAGUGGCAGGAGGACCCCUAUCCUUUCACAUGCACCAUUGACGACCCCACCAAGCAGACCAAGUUCAAAGGCAUGAAGAGCUACAUGUCCUACGGCCUGACUCCAACGCACACUAAUGUACAAGUCAACCGCAGGUAUAAACACUUCGACUGGCUGUACGCUCGGCUCGUGGAGCGUUUCCCCGUCAUCUCGGUGCCCCACCUGCCGGAGAAGCAGGCCACCGGCCGCUUCGAGGAGGACUUCAUCUCCAAGCGGAGGAAGGGACUGAUCUGGUGGAUGAACCACAUGACCAGCCACCCAGUGCUGGCACGCUGUGAUGUUUUCCAACAUUUCUUGACAUGCGGGGCAGAUGAGAAGGCCUGGAAACAGGGCAAGAGGAAGGCAGAGAGGGACGAUCUGGUCGGGGCCAAUUUCUUCCUCACAAUCAGCACGCCUGCUGUCCCUCUGGACCUCCAGGAAGUGGAGAGCAAGAUCGAAGGCUUCAAGACCUUCACCAAGAGGAUGGACGAGAACAGCGUGGUCGUGAAUACCACCAUCAACGAGUUUGCUCGCAAACAGAUGGCGGGGUUUAAGAAGGAGUACCAGAAAGUCGGACAAUCCUUCAAGCUCCUGGCACAGGCGUUCGAGCUGGACCAGCAGGCCUACUCUGCUGGCCUGAACAAAGCCAUUGCGGACACUGGCGAAGCUUACGAGGCGAUAGGAGAGUAUUUUGCUGAGCAGCCACGCCACGACCUGGAUCCCAUCUCUGACCUGCUGGACCUCUACAGAGGACACCUGGCCAACUUUCCUGAUAUCAUCCAUGUGCAGAAAGGUGCACUGACCAAGGUGAAGGACUGCCCAAAGCAGGAAGGUGAGCUCCACGACCGCUGCAACAUCAUUUCCUGCGCCACUCUGGCAGAGAUCCAGCACUUCCACCGCACCCGUGUACGGGACUUCCGCUCGCAGAUGCAGCACCACCUCCGUCAGCAGAUCGGCUUCUUCCAGAAGAUCACUGCCAAGCUGGAGGACACACUUCAGAGAUAUGACGAUGACCAAUAGGAAGCAAGAGAGAAGACGGAGAAGCUGGACCACAAAGGCCUUAAGGAAACUGUGGGGGGUGGGGGGGGGGGCUUUAAGAGGGGUUCAGACAAGGGUGACUGAUGGGUUCUUUCUACUGUAAUGGAGAAUAUCUUAACUUUCUUUUAAGAGAAACAGUGAUUGAUGGAAGAAAUACAGGCCUACCACUCGUUUAAGAAAUAUAGGCCACUGGACUGAGGAAUGACAGCUUCUUGGACUAUCUGGACGGCUCUGAUGAAUGUACCAGUAACAGGGAUUUUGCUGACGUUCCAGGCACAUCUUGCAACUCAGCGGGACUGUGACCGAUAUUAAAAACAGCUGCUCUCAAUUUAACGGGGCUCUCAAUUCAAGGAUUCGGGGUGGUGUGAUCUCUCCACUGCCACUUCAUGGAAACCCUUCAUAUACGGUAACUCGAAACAUAGAAAUGAAACUCCCCAAAUCAUGUAAACUGGAUGUUUUAAUUAUUGAAAGACCUGACUUGUUAUCUCUAUAUGUGUCUUUUUUUUUUACUUGAAUUACCUGUUCAGUAUUGUUUUGACAGCAUACAAGUGAUUAUUUCUGAAUAUGGAAAGAGACAAAGUGGGCAUAGUCUACUCUGUUGACUCACAUUAACAUCUCUCACAACUCAGAUGCUGUCACUUCUCUACCAUAUUAUAAUCAAGCCCUGUGUUCUGCAUUUUAGUCUGCGAUUGCCUGACCUGAAAUAAUAAUUGAUCUUGACUGAUUUUAUGUUUUUGACUUACUCCCUGCUUGUUUUGAGAAGUAGCUUUUUCUUUGGAUUAGAAAUGCAGGCAUUGGGGUUAUUAAAACCCAAACUCCACAUCAGUCUUUCUACCUUCUCUCAGUCUGGGGAGGUCAGAGGUCAGGCUCAGGGUACAGACACUUCAACACAAUGGAUGCUUUCUGGCAUUACAGCUUUGAAUCCACAUCUACCAGUUCAAUGCCACCGUGUGUUGACAUAGUUUUUUCAUUGUGAAAAAGUUACGACAAUCUUGCUGAAAAUCAGAGACUGUGUCUUUCCUCACGUUCUUCUCAGUGUCUCUGAGAUGGCCUUAUACUAGCACUUGAAGGCGCCAAAGUCGGAAAUGUCCCUUUAAGGAUGGUUGCUCUUCUCGGUAUGCUAACAUGCCACUCUAAAAUAUUAUUGUUAAAUCAGUAAGUAACCAAAAUAAGCUCACAGAACUGUUUGUGGCACCCUGGAGAGAUGUUCAGCAGACAACAUCCUGUGCCGAUUUAAUGAACCUGACUCGCAGAGCAACUCCUGAGUUUAAUCAGCAGGGGAUUCUUUAAAGAGCAUGAAUCAAACACCUGGAGUGAACUGUAAGAUCUGAUAAAUAUAACCAAUGUGCUCUCAAAAAUUUGGAAAACAUUUACAGUAGAUAACUGAGAUAAUCAUUUGAAUGCAUUACAACUGUAUCUAGCAUUCUUCAGAAGCACAUAAUUCACUAUGAUGCCACUCUUUCACUUUUAAUGCAACACAUUGGAACAGCAUUUCCGAAAAUAAAUGAAAGUAGAAUUUAUUUCAAUCAUAUAUCUGUAUUGUUGUCCGUCCAUAAAUAUAACUUAUAGUGUCACUCAA